AUGGCCACACUCCUGGUCUCGACCCAGGCCCAGCAGUACCCCUCCGAGGACCUCAUCCUCUGUGACUGUGGCACUGGAGACAACCCAGACCACCCCGAAUGGUCCACUUCCCGCCAGAUGAACUGGUAUAAAGACAUUAAGUGGCCCGAAGAUGCCAAAGCCUUCCCAGAUGCACCCGACAUGCUUGUCGAAGUCCCCUUCAACGAUGGUCUCUACCCCUGGAUUCCAUCUGGCGCCACAGCGAGAAUGCCCAAUAAUGAUGUUUGGACGGCUUACAUCGAGGACGGCACUCCUGACGGAUUCAAGGCCGGCACCGCCGUCACCACCAAGGAAGGCGGCCAGAUGCUCAACUGCUGGGCGUAUCGUGGACGUCCCGUCAGCGCUGCCCUCAACACGACUGUGAACCCCAGUGCUGUUUGCUGGUCCGCGUUUGUCUGCAACCGCGACGAAAGUGCCCCUCCUCCUGGAGAUGCGGGCUCUCAAUCCUCUACACCGACCGCUUCCUCUGCACCUGCAACGUCGUUCUUCUCCACGACACCCGCUACUCCCGUCCCUACCACCGGAGAACCAGCCCCAACCGAGACCCCAAACACCGGAGCUCUGUUCGUCUCCGCCUCAGUCAGCCCCCGGUUCCUCAACUGGAACAGCACUUGGGAGUCGUUCAUUUCCAAAUUCGCUUGGGACCAGACCACUGGCCGCUGUGUUGCCGACCCAGUCAAGGGAGAUGGCUACACCAUCAACAUUGAUUGUGCCGGAAUCCAAAUCGACGCCGACUCCCACAUGACCCUCAUCCUGAUUCGAGCACUUCAUGAUGUCGGCUUGAACAGCACUUUGUUCAACCAGAACCCAGUCGUUCCUGGGCAGAACAGCGGCAACGGAAACCGCACCAACUCAACCAGUUGGGUGGUUAUGCCGGAGUCCUUCAGCCUCCACGCCACGGACAAAUCGGACCAGCACGCCAUUGGUUACCUCAGCUACAACACGACCUACGAUAACUUCAUCAGCGGUCCUUGUUCUACUUGCGAUACAAGCCGAUUCGACUCUGAGUUCUUCGACCCCAUCAUCGAGGCGAUGCAAGGCACCUAUCCUCUCUACAACAGUUACAGCAUCCAGGCUCAGUGCCACCCUUGGAUGGCCUGUUAA